AUGCAGUCGAGUCGCAGCUUCCCAAAGCUUGAGGAGGCGAAGGAGACCGAGGAGACGGAGGAGGAGGCCGAAGAAGAGGCGGAGGAGGCGGCGGAGGAGGAGCCGAAGGAGACUGAGGCGGAAAAGGAGGACGUGGAGGCAGCGGUGGGGACUGCGGUGGCGGCGGCGGAGGAAAAGGAGGAAGCGGACAAGAAAGACCAGGCGGCGACAGAGGGGGCUGAGUUGGAGGAGGCUGAGGAAGCGGAGAAGAAAGAGGAGGCGGCGGCGGCGGCGGCGGUGGAGGCUGAGGUGGAAGAGGCUGAGGGAGCGGAGAAGAAACAGGAGGCAGCGGAGGAGGAGAAGGAAGCGAAGAAAAAGGCGAAGAGACAGAAAGGGAAGACGCCGAAGGCCCAACGGAGGUUCAGCGAUGAAACCUUCUGGAAGGCUUUGGACUUCAGCGACGACGACGAGGACGCGAAGGCCUUCCGCCCCCGCCUCACCAGCGUGGUCAGCCCCAGCCUGAGCCCGACGCCUCCGCCCAGCCAGAAGUCCAGCCUGAGCCUGACGUUAAGCGAGCCGCCCAGCCAGUCCAGCCCCAGCUCGGUGUGGAGCUUCUCCUCGCAGAAAAGUUUUCCUAAAAUAUUUCAGAGAUUUAGGAAAGAUGACAGUGACAUAUAUUCAGAUAGGACUAUCUAUCAUAGUUGGAUUCCUGGAAUUCCAAUUUCAAUACAAACAGAAGAAAGUUGGCUUCAAGAGUUAUAUAAACUAAAACAAGGGAAGAAGGAAACAUUCCCUGAAACACAGAAAGCUGAACCUGAAAAUCUGGCUUCUAAGUUAAGAGAAAAAUGGGCAAUUAAUCCAGAUGACACCAAGCUGAAUAUUUUAUGUGAGCUGGAGUUUAAGGAAGACUUCAUAACACUGUUUGAGCCUUCUCUAAGAACAUUACCCAGCGUUGGGCCACCACCCAUUCUGGCAUACAAACAAGAGAGUUCCAACUUAAACAUCACAUUAAAGGAAGAAGAAGAGGAGAUGCCGCUCAAGUGUGAAUUUUGUGGAAGCGAUUUAAGAACAUUUUUUUCUGAUGUGGAUGUUUGCUCUGACUACAGUAGCUCUGAACCAAUGGAAUAUGCUCCUUGUUGUAGUUAUUUCCAAAGUCUGAUUGACUACAUCUAUGAGGAAAAACCAAGUACUGAAAGCUCUAAAUCUGAAUUAAUCUGUAUUGAUCCUCAUGCAGCCCAUGGUAGUGAAACAGAUAGACUCAAAGAAAAAGAAAAAGCCCUUCAGAGAAAACAAGAGCGACAAAUGGCCAAGCAUUAUGCAGUAAUAAAAAACGAACCAGCUAAUGUAGCUGAAGAAGUUGAUGCAAAGCACUUUAAAACGAUUUCUUAUCAACACUCUCUGGAUAUUCCAAAAAAACAGGAAGUUGAUGACAGCUUCUUUGAUUUUCAACUAGAAAAAAGAAACAUAUCUGUUAUUUGUUGUGAUUCUAGAAUAGCAUGUGGAAAGAUCAUGAGGAAUGAGCUCUUCGAGAAGCACUACAAAAAUGGGAGCAAGUUUCUAACUUCAUUUCCAGAUGGGACAAUACAAAUAUUUUACCCAUCUGGAAAUCUAGCUAUCAUCCGAGUGCCCAACAAAAUAAAUGGUUUCACUUGUGUAAUCCAAGAAGACACACCCGCUAACCCUGCCAUCCUGGCAGUGCUGAAUUCUUCUGGCAGAAGUUCCUGCUAUCAUCCCAAUGGAAAUGUCUGGGUAUACAUCAACAUCUUGGGAGGUCAAUAUUCAGAUCAAGCUGGCAACAGAAUAAGGGCUUGGAAUUGGUCGAGUUCUGUUGCUUCCUUACCCUUUGUUUCAUUUAAGCCUGUCUUUCUGGCAUUGAACCAUUAUGUUGGAGUUCGAAUCUUAGAACAAGACAAGAUUUCAAUUACUUUUCUAGCAAUGGGCCAACAGGCAAGAAUCAGUGUUGGAACCAAAGUGAAGCUGCCACAUCCUGAAGAGAUUCCAGUUCUCCGGUACCUGAGUGGGGACGACCUCCUUCUAUUGGCCAGUUUAAUAAAGAUUCGACGAUUGUUUCAUAAACUUGAAGGUUGUAUGAAUUUUCCCUCCAGUCAUAUAUGGGAAAAAUUAAAGCAACCUUCCUACCUUUCUUCACUUUCUCUAAAAUUAAUUGCCCUUUGUCAUAAUUCUGGUGUAAAACAAGAUACAAUAACAACAAUAAGGGAAGAGAAGGGAUGUGCUGGAUCCGCAACAACAGCCCAGCACAGUAUCAAUGAUGAAGUAGGGCAGAAAGCAGAAUUGCGAGUUGGAGGUAGAGAAACUUAA